UUUAAACUAUGUAGAAAUGUCCCUGCAGCCAAUGAUAGACUAGCUUUACCCGACAAGUGGUGCAGUAACAGGUGAAAGCUGAACAGCUGUCCCCCAGGCCCCAGCUGUGCUUUUACGCGUGUAAUUCCACCCCUGUCCUGCUGGUGGCAGCAGUGCGCCGCCGCGCUCUGCGGCCAGUGACGUCCGUGACACAUGAAUCCACAGUAAACACAGAGUGUCGCCGCACUGAGAACAAGCUAGCUAUCGAUAAACCGAGCUGAAAGUGAUGAGACUGUAGCUGAACCCCCCUCCCUAUCCCACCGCUGUUUCCCCCCGAAGACCUCCACCAACACCACCUCCUUCCUCGUCCUACACCUCCUCUUCCUCCCUCCGGCCGCCCCUGUGAUGCCUCCCUCGUGCUGUGGCUACCUGUCACAGUACACCCAUCAUCAUCUGGUUGCCUUCCUCCUCACCUUCUUUAGCUAUGUGUUGCUGCAUGCGUCGCGCAAGACAUUCAGUAAUGUGAAAGUGAGCAUCUCAGCCCAGUGGACGCCGUCAAUCCAGAAUGACAGUGCACCCGCUUUCUCUCCUGGCGAGACAUGGCAGGACAAUCGUCUGUUUGAAGAUGAAAAGCAGGCCACUCUGUUCCUGGGAGCUCUGGACUCCAUCUUUCUCUUUUCGUAUGCCGUGGGCCUGUAUUUAAGCGGUGUGAUCGGGGACAGAGUAAACCUUCGCUAUGUGCUCUGCUUCGGCCUGUGUGGCUCUGCCGCAGUGGAGUUUGUGUUUGGCACUCUGACAGAAUGGCUCCACAUCUACAACAUCUAUCUGUACUGUGCCCUCUGGGUGCUGAACGGGCUGCUGCAGUCGGCCGUCUGGCCGUGCGUGGUGGCCGUCAUGGGCAACUGGUUCGGCAAGACGGGGCGAGGCUUCGUGUUCGGCCUGUGGAGUGCUUGUGCCUCUGUAGGUAACAUCCUGGGAGCCUUUUUAGCUUCUAGUGUGCUCAAGUAUGGAUACGAGUACGCCUUCCUGGUGACCUCAGUGGUGCAGUUUUGUGGCGGGGUGGUGGUGUUCUUCGGCCUGCUCACCUCCCCUAAAGAAGUCGGUUUGAGUUCAGAGUCCGAGACAGGACUCGGCCCGGUGGAGACGGACACAGACAGCCACAGGCCUCUGAUGAGCGACGAGGAGGACGAGGUGGAGGUGGAGGUGGAGGUCCACGCCAGACGGUACCAGUCGGUCCAGCAGCCAGACGAACCCCUGGCCGAGCCACCUCAAGCCAUCGGCUUCCUCCAGGCCUUCUGUCUGCCCGGCGUGCUGCCUUACUCCUUGGCCUACGCAUGUCUGAAGCUGGUCAACUACUCCUUCUUCUUCUGGCUUCCUUUCUACCUGAGCAACAACUACGGCUGGAAGGAGGCCGAGGCCGACCGCCUGUCUGUGUGGUACGACGUCGGAGGAAUCAUCGGAGGAACAGUUCAGGGUCUGAUCUCUGACUUCAUGGGCAAGAGAGCCCCGGUGUUGGCAGUCAGCUUGGCACUGGCGAUGGGAGCGCUGGUGGGAUACAGCCACUCCCCGAACGACCAGUUGAUAAACGCUGUGCUGUUGGCAGUCACUGGCUUCUUCAUCGGCGGUCCGUCCAAUAUGAUCAGCUCCGCCAUAUCUGCCGACCUGGGGAGACAGGAGGCUCUGAGGGGCAGCCAGGAGGCUCUGGCUACUGUUACUGGUAUAGUGGAUGGAACUGGGAGUAUCGGAGCUGCUGGGGGACAGUACCUGGUGUCCCUGAUUGAGAGCAAGCUGGGCUGGAUGUGUGUCUUCUACUUCUUCGUCGUCAUGACAGGGGGCAGCAUCGUCUUCAUCGCGCCCUUGCUCCUCAAAGAACUGCGUGCCAUGUGGAGAGACAGACGAGCGCUGCGACGCCAGCUGUGAAAAACCUCCACAUCUGCCUGGGACGUGACCUCUCUGCUCUUUAUCAGUGACAGCACAGCAGGUCUGCUCAGAAUCAGCUCCUGUUAGGUGAGUUGUGGGAUGUGUUUUUUUUUUUUUUGGUGGAUUUCUCACAGUCCGGGAUGGUUACGGUGGCCUAGAGUUUCACACCCACAACCACCAGUGUAUGUCUAUUAUCACCCACGUGAGCAGACCGUAUAUGUUGAGCACAACACUGAGGUGUAGAUGCGAGGAUGUGACCAGUCUGUGAAUUCAGGCUUCGCAGGGCCAUCACAGAGUGUACUAGUGUAUAUAUUUAUGGGUUUAAAUGGAUGUAAAUAUUUUACAUGUACAUGUACUUGAGUCAAGUUGAAUGGAUUUGAAUUUUAAACCAGGGGUUUUUAAUUUUAAGAUCAGGCCUUUUACGACAAUUUGAGGCUCAGAGUCGCCUCAGGAAUGUGAAUAAUAAAUGUAAUGUAGACACGUAUUGUCAGCUUCUGUAGAUAUGUAUGAUAUUUAGUUUUUAAGUUGAAAUAAUGAAUAUUGCACUCUAGGAUUCUUACAGUGAUUAGACAAAGUCUUAAAGAUUUUAGCGAACCACUUUGAUUUUCACAGGGUUUUCAGAGGCAGCCACUUGAUUUGUCCUGUGAACAGUUCAGUGUAAUCAGGGUUAAGAAUCAUACUGUAACGCCUUUUCAUCACGGGGACCGGUUCUCUCCAUUCUCUGUUCGUUUCAGUCACGUUUGAUAUUUGCUUAUCAUUCCUUUUUCACUUCCCGUUCAGUGGAAUGUUUCUUAUACUUAAAAGUGUCUUAAGUCGCAAGAGAUCCCCAUGAAAACCCUCACACACACACACUGAGAGAAACACACUGUGUUACAGUGUAGUGUUUCUUAUGAGUGAAAACUGACAGUGCAGGAGAGAAAGGCUGGUGAUCAAUACUAAUGUUUUAACUGCCUCUUUUCAUGUGAGAUUCACUGAUAGAUCGUGUGGGAAAAUGAUCAAACAGCAUCAGCUGUUUGCUAGUUUACAUUUGGACUGUUUGUGUGCGUAACGAGACACGAAGGAAGGUGAAAUAGUGUUGGUUAAAAUCAGUAGGAAAGACUGAAACUGGUGAUUUUUCCACCGACUGUCAUCAGUAGACACUACAGAUAGUUUGCACCCUGGUGUGCAGGUACAUGAACCAACAUCAGGAAGAUUGAUAUCAGGGCGUAUUUUUAUCAUCAUCAUUGGUAUGAGACAGGUUCCUAACUACACGUUCCCUAACACCAUGGAGUUUAAAUGAGACAUGAGCCUCUGAACUCACAAAGCAAAAUGUAAUAGAAUUUAAAUGUAUCUGUGGAGUUUAUUUAAUUGUUUUAUUUUUAUCUGUGUGAAUGUUUCAGGUUUUAACCAAUGUAAAUGCAAUUGUUGUUAUAAAUAAAUGCAAAUUACAUUUUGCAAAUCACA